GAAGUUAACUCUUUUGUCAUCAACGAAAGAGAAACCUAUUCUGAAGAGUUCCUAAGUUCUGAGUUGGAGGUAAUCUACAUUACGAGUUCCAGACCAACACUGAUUUCAAUUAUUGCUGGAGAUCCUUUGCAGAGGGGAGCGUUCUCCGCCAUAGUUCCCUCGACCGAUGCUUAUGGCACGGAAUAUAUUGUGCCCGAAGUCUACGCCACCGUGCCACACCCACGGUCUGUGACCCUUGUUACUAGGGACAAUUGUACAGCCGAUAUAGAUGUCAACACCAACUGGACAACGGUCACAACAGCGUCCCAAACGGUCUCCGUCUCUAGCUUCCAGGCCCCAUCUAAGAAGAUGGUUAUCAGAAGCAUCUCGACAACUUGCUCAUUUGCCGUGUUGCUCACUGGAUCCCGUAUCAGUAGGAUGUAUGGGUUUUUUCAACAGUCCAGUUCGGAAUAAUAACUAUGUUCCUGUCACAUCUGUGACCAUCCUCAAUGCCACAACCAGCCCGUUAUCUGCAAGAGAGAACGAUGUCAUCACUCUUGUUUGUGAAACCAACCCGACCCUACCACCAUCAGCCAUUACCUGGAUGAAGGACAACGAGACAUUAACAGAUGCUGUUACAUCUUACACAACUGGUCGCGGGAAAACAGUAACAAGGAGCAUCCUGACACUGAGGGCUACUUGCAGUGACCACAUGCCUGAUAUAUCCUGCACGGCUUCCAUUAACGACACCUUUCUAACAUCACCGAAAUUAAAGAUGUCUGUCCAGUGUGACAAUGUUCCGUUAAAUAAUUUGACAUUCAUCAACUUCACAUCAAGCCCGAUGCCCGUGGUGGAGGGUGACGUCAUCAGCUUCACGUGCAGAACCAACCCUACCCGACCUCCAUCGACCAUGAACUGGAUGAUGAUCCACAUGCCAUCGGCGCAGCUUGCAACAUCUCAGACAACAGACGUUCAUGUUCCUCUCACGAACGUGUCGUUGUACCAUGUAUCGACCAACGGACAACGUCUCACCGGGUCCGAGAAUGGUUUAGUGGUCUCAGAUGCAAACCCACUUGCCGUGGUGGAGGGUGAUGUCAUCAGAUUGAUGUGUGAAACCAACCCCACCCGACCACCAUCGACCAUCUACUGGACGAUGGACAACCAGAACCUGACGCAAGCUGAGACAUACGACACAUUAGAUGUUCUUGGCAGAACUGUAACCACAAGCAUUCUAUCACUGAAUGUCGUUUGCAGUGACACCAUGCCUGAAAUAUACUGCACAGCUUCUGAUGACGACUACAUCGUAACAUCGAACCUGACGCUGGCUGUUAGAUGCAGAAACGCUCCCGUCACUUCUGUGAGAAUCCUCAAUGCCACAACCAACCCAAUGGCCAUCGCAGAGAAUGAUACCAUUACUCUUGUGUGCGAAACCAAUCCGACCAGACCACCAUCGAAUAUCGUCUGGAUGAUGGCCAACCAGGCACUAUUAACACAGCCUGUGACAUCACAAAGAAAUUACCUCGGGAAAACAGUGUCCAUCAGCAUCUUGACACUGAACCCUACAUGCAGUGAUGACAUGCAAGAGAUAGCUUGCAUAGCUUCUAACAACAUCAGCCGAAGGUCAUCACGAGCCAUGAAAAUGGCUGUACAAUGCAGCACUGGUACGGCUGAUGUUCCUCUCACGACUGUGACCAUCCAAGGCACAACGGGAAACGUCUUACCUGUCAGCGACAAGGAAAAACUAAGAUUGCAAUGUGAAACAAACCCCACCUCACAAAAAUCGUCACUUAUCUGGAUGAAGGACAAUCAAACUGUAACGCAAGAAGUGGAGUCUCACACAAGGAAUGUCGGCAGUCUAACCCUUACUUUCAGCAUCCUUACUCUCAUUGCCACCUGCGAUGAUAACCUGUCUCCUAUUUCAUGCACUGCGACGAAUGAAAACAGAACGCUGACAUCGUCGAAGCUCAGGAUGAUUGUAAACUGUCCGACGGCCAUGGAGUCAUCUGAUGGUUUCCAAGUUGGCGUUGGUGUCGGGGUCGGCGUUGUUGCGGGACUUCUGUUGUUGGUGGCUGUAUCUGUCUUCAUUCUGUGGAAGCUGCGGUCCAAGUCUCUCAGGGGUAAAGGCUUACCAAACGUCUCAAAUGGAUCUACAAGUUCGUACAUGACAAAGCACGACACCUCUACCUAUGAUAACCGGCUUAUGGCUAGAUCCGAAGAAAGUGAGCGAAAUAAUACGAACACAGAAAUGAACACCUUUAGUCUGUGAAUGUAUCUCCUGGAGGAAGUUGAAAGUGCGGUACCUUGACACACAACCAGUUUCAUCCUGCUUCCAUUUCGUAAUGAUCUAAAAGAUGAGAUGACGUAAUUACGACAUCAUUACUAGGACUACAGACACAUGCAAGAUAGAAUGACCUUUCCAUUUUUACACGUCAUGUUAAUGGACAACAUAUUUACAUUAGAUUUAAUUCAUUCAUUCAUUCAUGCAUGCAUUCAUUCAUGCAUCCAUCCGUCUAUCCAUCCAUCCAUCCACCCAUCCAUCCAUCCACACAUACAUAUGAUUACAUGCAAUAUUUACAGUUCCAUAUGUGUUCGAUAUGUAAAUGGUAUGAAAUCAACAAUACUUCAAAA